UGAUGAGGUAAGUGUGAACUAACACCAGCAGCACCAAAGUUAAUAAUAAUAAAGGUCUUUAACUUUUUAACUUUUCGAAGCUUUAUAGAAACAUAUCACCAACUGAAAUAAACAAAUAAAUUUUUUUCCAAAAAAAUUAUUUGCGUAUAAAACAGCCCGGGAUAAUAAUCAUGUCGACAGGAAACUUCUCACUAGCUGCUAAAGUCAAGCUGCCGAACGGCAAGCUCAUGCCCCAGCUCCAGCUCGGCCUGUACAUGAUGAGCCGCCAGGAGGCCAAAACAGCCGUGCGGUGUGCUCUGGCCGUGGGCUACCGGGGGUUCGACUGCGCGCAAAUGUACCGCAACGAGAGGGAGGCGGGACAGGCCAUCCGGGACUAUCUCUCCGGCUCCAACGGCAGCGCGGCGGGGGACCUCACGCGCUUGGAUGUAUUCUACACUUCGAAGCUGGCGAGCAAUAGCACCUCCUACAACGCCGUGCGCCAGUCUAUACGGCAGUCUGUCGAAGCUUGCGGGCUCGGAUAUAUCGAUUUGUUCCUCCUGCACAGCCCGUACGGCGGUCGUGAGGCGCGGUUGACGAGCUGGAAGGCCGUUGAGGAUGCGAUUGCCGAAGGGGAGAUCAAGUCGGGUGGUGUCAGCAACUACGGAGUCAAGCACCUAGAGGAACUCAUGGAAUCAAAGCCAAGGAUCCACCCGACGGUCAACCAGAUCGAGGUCCACCCCUUCAACACGCAGACGGAGAUCAGGGCCGCAUGCGCCAAGUACGGCAUCGUCGUCGAGGCCUACGCUCCGCUCGCUCGAGCUAUGCGCAUGAGACAUCCAACCAUCCAGAAGCUUUCGAACAAGUACUCGUGCACGCCUGCGCAGCUCAUGAUUCGGUGGUCGCUGCAGCAUGGACUCGUCCCUUUGCCGAAGAGCGUAAAGCGAGAACGCAUGAUUGAAAACGCCCAAGUAGGCGGCUUUGAGAUCUCCGCGGAAGACAUGAAGACAAUGGAUAGUCUGGAUGAGAAACUAGUUACGGAUUGGGAUCCUACUGAUGCGCCUUGAAACGGUAAUAGAGUCACAAAUCACAAAUGUUAGGUUGUGUCCCGUUUGGUAUUAUUCAAUAUUUUGAAUCCU